AUGUUUCUACUAUGGGUGGUUUAUGUAUUCAUUUCGCUUCAACUAUGUGUCACCGCCGAAAACUGUGUUCCUGGCCCGAUAUCUCUGUCUCUUGGCAAUAUCACAUUGUCAACUGGCAAAAUCCAGCGUGGAGUGUCUCUAAAAAUCAGGACUCCACAGCAAGAGUUCAGUUUCCUACCAAAAUGGAAUAUUAACAAUACAUUUCUGUAUGGUCCUAAGUGUGAUUCUCAGGAUCUCACCCAUACUGAUGAAGCUUGCGUUACGUUCCGAGGCGGUGUAUACGGAGGCAAGUCAAAGUCAAAGGGUGUCCCUGCCUCAUCUUUUAGGCCACCUGAAGACUUGUGGAGUUCAACAACAUACGAAAUGUUUACAGAAAACGUGGAUAUAAACGCCAACAAAAGCUUGCAUGCUUUUCCCCUGGCAAGCCCAACCGACACCACGAGCUGGAAUACGCAAGGUUACCUUCCUCAAAACAUUAUCGGAAUAGGCUCUGGGUCUACCAUCAUGGAUGCUUGCCGUAAGGCUGGAAGUAUCGCUUCAGACUCUAUCGGCUUUUACUGGGGAUUAGACGGGGUUCUUGAUAAGGAUCAAACGAAAGGCUCCUUUGUCUUAGGAGGAUAUGAUAGGGCCAAGACAUUUGGGGAUGGUUAUACAAAACCACUUUCAUAUACUUCCGAUUGCGCGACCGGAAUGAUGGUAUCUCUUGCAGACAUUGUCCUCAAUUUUGCUGAUGGCACUGAUGUUUCUCUACUUCCGGAUAGCAAAGGCACUAUUCUGACAGCUUGCUUGGACCCAGAGCAUCCAGUGCUUAUCGAUAUGCCUCGCGACCCUUAUUUUGAAAACCUACUCCAAGCAAUCGACAACGAUGAAUUCAGUCGAAGUACAGGAAUCGACUUCUGGAAUGUCAUUUUGGACCCAUCAAGACCCAUGUUCACUGGCGAUAUCACUUUCAGAUUGGAUAACAACAUGGAUAUUACGAUUCCCAACCGCCAACUCAUUGUGCCUAAGCGUUAUAUCGACAAUAAUGGAAAUGUGGUUAUCAACUCCUCUCUGCCAGUCAUACGCAUCAAUUCCCUCCAGUCCACAACAUCACAUGCUCCUCCUAUUCUUGGGCGAUAUUUCUUCACAGCCGCAUACUUGCUGUUCAAUCGGGAUGCCAACGAAUUUACACUCUGGAAGGCAAAUCCAACAUCAGCUGAGCAUUUAGUCUCUGUGAAUGAGAAGAACGAAGUUUUUGAGACGUCUCAAAACUGCGCAAAUAUAGCAGCAACAUCGCUGCCACCAACAUCAUCAUUACCACCUGCGUCAUCAUUGCCACCGGCAUCAUCACUGCCAUCAGCAUCGUCAGUGCCAGGCUCGGGAACUGACAAUGGACGAGACCCAGAUGUCAGCUAUAAAUCUUCAAAAUCCGUGUCUUCACCCUCCACUAUUACAAUUAUUGGUAUUGCCAUUGGUUGUGUCGCAAUAAUUGCUAUCGGUUUCGCCAUUCUUGGGUGGCGUCUGAUGUUGCGUCGAAAGUCAAAGGCAGAUACAACGACAUCCGCCCUACAAGAGCAGCCUUUGUCUGUCUAUCAGAAUUUUCCUCAAAAGAAAUCCGAUGUGAUGCUGCAAGAGUUGUCAUCUGAAUCAAGGGGAAUAACUGAGUUACCAAGUUGA